GUACCCUUCAGAGCAAAAACCAGCAAGGAAAGAAAGCAGCUCAGUGUUAAAGAACACUGCCGGAGUCUCUACACCCAACGGUCUACGCUACAACCAUGUCGCUCCCUGACAAUAUCCUGAUCGUGGGAGGAGGGGUUUUUGGAUUAUCCACGGCGCUCUCUCUCUCCAAGCGCCACCCCAACAGUAAAGUGACUCUCCUCGAAGCUUCGCCGACAAUUCCCAAUCCCCACGGCUCCUCCGUCGACAGCUCCCGCAUCAUACGAGCCGACUACUCCAAUCCUACAUAUGCGAAACUCGCCUCCGAAGCCGUUGACCUCUGGCGUACUACCGAAUGGGGCCAUGAAGGUCGCUACACCCAGAACGGCCUGCUGCUGGUCUACCCUGACGGAAACUCCACGGCAAAAGACUACACCACCAAAUCCUACCACAAUGUCAAGCAGCUCGGUGAGAACGCGCAGUUUCUGCCUACAAAAGCAGAUGUGCUUAAGGCGGCCCCGGCAUACGGCGAGACACUCCAGGUCGCAGGCGGCUACGUGAACUGGAGCUCUGGCUGGGCGGACGCAGAGGCCGGAGUCCGCUUCGCGAAGCAGAAGCUCGACAAGGAGGGCAAAGUACGCUUCGUGCACGGCGAAGUCUCCCGUCUCCUCUUCUCCCCGAUUGAUAACCGCACGGUCACAGGGGUUGUUCUCAAAGAUUUUAAGAACACGACCAUGACGGCCGACCUCGUCAUCCUCGCAACAGGCGCCUGGACAGCCGGGCUUGUCGACCUUCGGGGUCGCGCUGUCUCAACCGGCCAAGCAAUCGCCUACAUGCGCAUCUCAGACGAGGAGCAACGCCGCCUCGAACACAUGCCCACGAUCCUCAAUUUCGCAACGGGUAUCUUCAUCAUUCCGCCGCGCAACAACAUCCUCAAGAUCGCCCGACACGCCUACGGCUACCACAACCCCAAGGCAGUUCCCGUGCCCGGCGCGACACCAACAGGAGAAACAAUGCACGUCAGCUUGCCGGAGAAGGGCGUCCCCAUCCCGCUGGAGGGGGAGACGGCCUUCCGCACAGCCCUGAAGCAGCUCCUCCCCUCCUUCGCGGACCGUCCUUUCCUCAAUACCCGGAUCUGCUGGUACACAGAUACUCCCAGAGGCGACUUCAUAAUCACCCACCAUCCAUCGCACCCACACCUCGUCCUUGCAACUGGUGGCAGCGGCCACGCAUACAAAUUCUUCCCACUUAUCGGCGAAAAGGUGGUCGAUGCGCUGGAGGGUAAGCUCGCACCCGAACUGCGCGCGCUCUGGGACUGGCCGGAGGCUGUGGACGAGGCCCACUUUGACGGAACAGAGGAUGGAAGUCGUUCAGGGGAUAAGCGGCUGCUGCUUUUGGAUGAGUUGGCGAAGGGGCAGAAAGCGAAGCGGGAGAGUGCGUUGUAGGUCUGACGGAUAAAACCAGCUUUUGGUAUGUGUGUGAAAUAGAUAAACGGAGAGGGAUAUAUAUAUUGGGUGGAUGUUAGCUAGUGUAUAUAUGU